AACGUCAUUGUGAACAAUUUAUUUUUUCCUUUCGCGUUCUAAUUCAGUCAGAGUCAUCUUAGGCUUUAUUAUUAUUAUUUACUAGCCGAAACUUCCUAGAGUUGAAUAUUCUCAAUUUUACUGAGCGUACCAAGUUACCUAUUCAGAAGUCAACUGUUUCCUCAUGGAGACGACAUUACCACUUCCAUUCCUCAUCUCCGUCGAUGUCCUAUCUAAUGCGGCUUCGAACGGAGAGGGGCAAGGUCUAAAUCAAGCAGAAGUCUCCUGUUUAGGUUGCGUCUUCUUCGAGGUGACUCAGCAAAAUUUCGAAAAGCUCCUUGAGCACCUCGUCCAGGUCAACGCCGCUACCCUUCACACAUUCUUCGAUGCCACCGGUCUUGAAUCAAAGAGUGAUGUUGUCACAUUAUUGGAUUACGGCGCCAGGAAGGUUUUUGUCCAGCCGGAGAGGCUGUCGGAAUUCACAGAGUUUGGUAGGCGUGUAGCUCCGGUAGUGAGCAAAUUGAACCAGGUAUCCUUCGGGACAGAGCAUGGACUUCUUCUCAAAGAUUUCGACCAACGGAACUGCGAUGUAUCCGGAUUCAUGGAAUCGAGCAAGGCCACUAAGAUGCCUCCGCUGUACAUCAAACCUAUUCAGGACACCAUUUAUGACCACUUCGUCGACAUAUGUUCACAGUUAUCCGCUAUUCCUAUUGUCCCAUCUACAAAAUUGACAGUUCAAGCAGAAGAAGCAGAAAAGAAAAUAUUCGUGCCUAAAUUGUUUUCUACGUCGUGGAAAUCUGAUCGGCCUGAUCAUUUGUUGCCCACCGUUGUUUGCGACACGGCAGGUGUAGCGCUCGGUUUGGUAUAUAGCAGCGAAGAGAGUGUUGCUGCAUCCCUGAAGACGAAAACAGGCGUCUAUCAAAGUCGUAAGCGAGGACUCUGGUAUAAAGGCGCUACCUCUGGAGAUACGCAGGAGUUGGUAAGGAUAUCUCUAGAUUGCGACAACGAUGCGUUGAAGUUCGUAGUCAAGCAAACAGGAAAAUUCUGUCAUCUCGAUCAGCAUGGAUGUUUCGGCGAUCUAAAGGGAAUUUCAAAGCUCGAACAAACACUGGUUUCGAGAAAACGGUCAGCACCCGAAGGAUCAUAUACUAAGAGACUUUUCUCAGAUGAGAAGCUCCUGAGAGCAAAGAUAAUGGAAGAGGCAGAAGAACUUUGCAAUGCACAGACUCCGGAAGAAGUUGCUUUCGAGGCGGCAGAUCUGAUAUAUUUUGCCCUGACCAAGGCCAUUAGUGCCGGGGUAAGUCUAGCCGAUAUCGAGGAGAACCUCGACGCCAAGAGCUUAAAGGUCAAGAGGAGGCCAGGUAAUGCAAAGGGUCAAUGGGCACAGAAAGAGGGAAUCACGAACGGCACUGCGGAGAAGGCAAAAGAAGCUGCAAAGGACUCAGCAACCCCUUUGACAUCCGCCCCUGCCACUACAGCUCACACAGCCCCGGAUGUCGAAAGAAUUACCUUGAAACGAGUAGACGCCAGCAAAGUCAGCGCAACUGAGGUUUCGGAGGCUCUGAGAAGGCCGUCCCAGAAGUCCGCUGAUGCGAUCAUGAAUAUCGUUACACCCAUCAUCAAUGAUAUAAGAAAGGAUGGCGAUAAAGCCUUGCUUUCUUAUACACAUAAAUUCGAGAAGGCAACUUCUUUAACUUCACCAGUACUCAAGGCCCCAUUCCCACAAUCGCUAAUGAAUCUGCCCCCUGAAACUAUCAAGGCGAUUGAUGUCUCUUUCGAGAAUAUUCGCACGUUCCACGCCGCACAGAAAGAGCAGCCGCUGAAAGUUGAGACGAUGCCAGGAGUUGUGUGCAGCAGAUUCUCUAGGCCGAUCGAGCGAGUUGGUCUGUACGUGCCAGGCGGAACCGCUGUCCUACCCAGUACUGCGCUUAUGCUCGGUGUGCCUGCCAUGGUGGCUGGAUGCCAGAAGAUUGUGAUUGCGUCUCCGCCGCGCUCUGAUGGUAGCAUUACACCAGAGAUCGUAUAUGUUGCCCAUAAAGUCGGAGCUGAGAGUAUUGUUCUAGCUGGUGGCGCACAGGCCGUGGCAGCGAUGGCAUAUGGCACGGAGAGCGUCAGCAAAGUGGACAAGAUCCUUGGACCCGGCAACCAAUUCGUAACCGCCGCCAAGAUGUUUGUGAGCAACGACACCAACGCCGGUGUGAGCAUUGAUAUGCCGGCCGGCCCUUCAGAAGUGCUAGUAGUGGCGGAUAAGGACGCCAACCCGGCUUUCGUCGCUUCAGAUCUGUUAUCUCAAGCCGAGCACGGUGUCGAUAGCCAAGUUGUCUGCAUUGCUGUUGAUUUGGAUGAGCAGCAAUUACAAGCGAUCGAGGAUGAGGUACACAAGCAGGCCAUGGCCCUGCCACGAGUAGAUAUCGUCAGGGGAGCUAUCAGUCACUCUGUCACAUUCUUAGUCAAGGAUGUUGAAGAAGCGAUGAGAAUUAGUAACAAGUAUGCUCCCGAGCACCUGAUACUACAGCUUAAGGAUGCCGAGGAAGUUGUAGAUAAGGUCAUGAAUGCCGGUAGUGUGUUCAUUGGGCAAUGGACCCCUGAGAGUGUUGGUGACUACUCUGCCGGUGUUAACCACUCUCUACCUACAUAUGGCUAUGCCAAGCAAUACUCUGGAGUAAAUCUUGGCUCGUUCCUCAAACACAUCACAAGCUCGAACUUGACCGCCGAGGGGCUUCAGAAUGUGGGAGGUGCGGUCAUGCAGUUGGCUAAAGUGGAGGAGUUAGAAGCACAUCGGAGGGCCGUGAGCAUCCGUCUGAGCACCUUGACCGGGGAGCAGAUAUGAAUCGGCGGGCUGGAUGGCACAGACUGAUGUGACUGUCCGAAGAGGGAAGGGAGGCCGAUAGUUAUUCACUUGUGUUACUCCGGAUGUCGUUACUAUUCGGCAAGAAGCCGAGACCCAUUACCUGAUCAUUAAAUUGCUUCGUUGUCUGAUGCUACGGCAUGAUUUGGGAUGUGGUGUAUGGAUAAUAAGUUGAUAAUCAAAAAGGGGGGGUGUGGUGAGACAGGCAUAUCGAUGCGAUAAAAGUAAUUGGACAAAAGCUUGUUUGGGCUUGUACCGAUUAAUGCCUUCAGUGGCGAUUGAAUUAUUGCACGGACACGAAUUUAGCACGUGGUAGACCCCAAAAACCAGCGUCACUUGGUAAUUGAGAGAUAAAUAUAAAUUUGGAGUCAACCGAGUUUGGAUUGCAUGUGCAAAAGCCGGCUGACCUUUACAA